AGUGCAGUCAGUGAGUGACACAAAAUCGGAGGCACUGUCUCUGACACACAGAUCAGAAAGGGAGCUCGGAAGCCAGUGAGCAGGACCAGGAGUGAACCUCUGGAAUAAAUAGAUCGCCUUAGAAACCCGUCCGAACCGGACAAGGCAGAUGAACUGAUAUGGCAGCGUCAAAUAACGAUUUGUUUGUCUGUGGUUUCCUCCAUCAAUAAUUCACAUCGGGAUUUAUAGAUCAAGAAGUGUUUUUUUUUUGUUACCCAUUCCGGGAAGAGAGGUUUACAAGGGACGGAGGACUUUCGGGUGUAAUGCCAUGUUUUCUGGAGGGGUUUCUGCUGGUUCGUACUGGGAUAGCCAGAUGUAGAGCAGGUUAAGAGGAGUAGCUUUCGUUCGUCCAGCUGAAAUCUAGGAAGAGGGAAAGGAGGAGGACACGAGGGUUCGGCUGGAGGGGGAGAGGGAGGCUUGUUUUUGGUUGCUUGGUGUUGCUGUAGGGGCUGGCGUUGCCCGCAGUCGACGAUGAUGCUGUCCAUGGUGCUGACGGCGCUGGCCGGCCUGGCGCUGACCACAGUGCCGGUGCUGUCACAGAAUGACACGGAGCCCAUCGUUCUGGAAGGGAAGUGCCUGGUGGUGUGCGACUCCAAUCCGACAGGAGACUCAAAGGGCUCGUCCUCCUCCUCCCCGCUUGGGAUCUCGGUCCGCGCCGCUAACUCCAAGGUGGCUUUCUCCACUGUGAGGAGCACUAACCAUGAGCCUUCAGAGAUGAGCAACAAAACUCGGAUCAUUUACUUUGAUCAGAUCUUAGUAAAUGUGGGUAAUUGUUUUACCCUGGAGUCGGUCUUUGUUGCCCCAAGAAAAGGCAUUUACAGUUUCAAUUUUCAUGUUAUCAAAGUGUACCAGAGUCAAACUAUACAGGUCAACCUUAUGCUUAAUGGUAAACCAGUAAUUUCUGCUUUUGCUGGGGACAAGGAUGUGACUCGUGAAGCUGCCACUAAUGGAGUCCUGCUCUAUUUAGAUAAAGAAGACAAAGCAUACCUGAAACUGGAGAAAGGUAACCUGGUUGGUGGUUGGCAAUAUUCAACAUUUUCUGGCUUCUUGGUUUUCCCACUGUAAAUCCAAACAAAAUAUCUUUGAUUCCACAUGCAUAAUUUUCUUGAUUAUAAACCAAUGUCCUAAGUGUUGUUUUUGAGGAUCAUUUAAAAAUUGUGGAUCAUUUGUCCCAAGUAUUAAUCUGGACUAUAUCUGGUCGUAUGAUACAAAUACUCUCAGUGGAUGUGAAUUGUUUGGUUUAUUUGAACCGCUUUAAAAAACUCUGGAGGGAAAGGAACGUUUACAACAUGUUAUCUGAUCUGCACAAACGAGAAUGGACAUAAAGUGGAAAAUUUUAAAUGAAAGGAAGACAUGUUAACUGCGGUUGACAUUAAGAUGGAACAGUUUGCCUGCAAAAUUAGUGACAAAUUGUCUGGACUGGAUACAUCUGUGUACAUUCACAAGUAUGUUUUGCCUUUAAAAAGCCUGUCAAUGAGGUUAAAUGCAUUUAAUAAUGGCUUAAAUUUAGGUCGCUUAAUAAGUACACCAUACAAGGAGAAAAAAAAACUGGUUUACCGUAGUAUAAUAGUGGAUUUGGGGUGUGUAUGUAUGUUCAUUACCAUGCCUCAUUUGCUUACAUUGCCUUAAAAUACAUAGACAUAUACGUACAAUUCUACUCUGUCAUUAUUUAUCUUUAAUAUUUAAAAUUGUGUGUUGCUUUGGGUUUUCAAUGCACUUUACCUGAAAACAUUUUUCUUUUUGAAUGGAAUAAUUUCAGACCAAAUGAGCUUUCACGAACUGCAGACAUUGUACUGCCUUCAGAGUGCCAUUUUAUCAAAACUGAUUUCAUACCAACGUAGCUGGAUGGUGGCGUCAUUCUGGAAACUAGCCACAGCUGUUGGAUUGUUUCUGACACCUGUCCCCACUUGUGGAACAGUGACAUACUAAACUAACACUUGGGAAAGUGUUAGCUCUGUCUCAAACCUGUUAUUUUUUCACUUUUAUUUCAGUUCAUCAUCCAUCUGCUAUUAAGAACCAAGCAGUUGACCCAAGUUUUGUCAAAGCUACAAAUGUGUUGUUAGAUUCCACACAUAUUACACUUAAAGUUUAAUUUAUUUUAAUUUUAAUUAAAUGUUUUAAUUUUUAUUUAAAUUUAAUCUUAUUAUCUCUGUCUCCUUGAGCUAUCCAAAACUGAAAUUUGUGGCAUGUAUUUGGAAUAUGUACAGUGACUAUCUUAGUUACGGAGUAUCAACAGUUUCAAAGCUGACCUUACUGCAGAGUUAAAUUCAAAGAUUUUGUUGAAGCAUUCAUUUGACAUCACUUCCAAUCUGGUCCAUUUCCAGCCAUAUGAGCAUCAAGCAAAAUAUUGUAACUGCGAUCGACAUGUCUUAAAUAGUUUUGCACCUCUUAAUUUAACAAGGAUGAGUUACUUGCUUACUCACGUCAAAUAUGAACCAUACUUGAUGAUGUACCAUUCCUGAACAAUCAACCAAACUCUGAUGAAAAACAGCAACAUUCAAUUCUGAGUUCCGGAAUAUGAAUAUAUCAUGAAAGUCUAUGCCGUAAAUUUUAAUUAACUCAAAUAAUCUAUUACUUAUAUUCUAAAAUUUUGGUAGGAGGUAAUACUUUUGUUUCUUACAGAAGACUCCCAGUGUGGGUGUAGUAUAGGAUAUCCAAUAUGGCAGCAGACCUAUUGAAAACACAGUUUAUUAACCACUGCAAUUGCAAAUGUGAGUCUGAAGUAAUAAAUUAAAAACAAAGCUUGCCACUUUCUGCCAGUUGAUAAGACUUGUGAGAGAUUUAGGUUCAGUUUUAGAAUUAUUUUUGCCUUAUUGAAUGAUAAACAAAAUAACAUUGCUCAAGGUGACACGCAUCAUGGUUGCAUCAUAAAGUGACCUAUGUGCCUAUGAAAUAGCUUUACCUAAAUAUGACAGGCCUGACAAUAUUCCACGGUUAAAGCAUAAUUUCCAUAUAUUGUUAAUUAUAAUAAUUAAUUAAUUAAUUAUUAUUAAUAAAUUAUAUUAGUUAGAAUUAAUAUUUCUAAUAUUGAAAUAUUAGACAUUUCAAUGCUAGAAAAAAGAUUCAGACUGUCAACCCUUUCUAUGUAACUCAUAAUUUUAUAAACGUCUAUCAAGUUUCCCCUAAACCUGUGCUGCUCGAGAGCAAACAAACCAAGUUUUUUCUAGUUUCUCAUUAUAGUUCAGACUCUCUAAUUCAGGCGGCAUCCUGGAAACCUCUUUUUCACCCCCUCCAAAGCCUGCAAAACCUUCCUGGUAAUGUGGAAAUCAGAAUUGAACACAAUACUUUAAAGUGGCCUCACCAAAGUCUGAUAAAACUGCAACAUGACAUCCUGACUUUUGUACUCAAUUCGUUGACCAAUAAAGGCAAGCAUGCCAUAUGCCUUCUUUCCCACCCUAUCUACUUGCGUGGCCACUUUAUUGUUCAAGAAAGCUGGAAGCAAAUAACGUUUGGUCCGGUUAAGAGUGAAGCCUUCUGAGCACCCUCAUGGAUUAAUAGAAUGUGUAUAAGUGCCAUUUUCUCAUGGAUCAUUAGUAUCUUACUUUAAUAAACCUCACUGUACUGUCAGGCAUAGAUUUUUAUGAAUAGGGACUUUUUGAUUUGAGUAUAUAUGAAAAUAAACUAAAUUAAUCAUGAAGUAGAAGUUCAUGUCAAUAGAGUUCUAAUUGUUCAGGAAUCAAUCUUCCUAUGGCUGAACAUUCUUGGUUAUAGUCUGGAUAGCAAUGAGUAUAAAAUAAUAUAAAAUGUUGUGUAUGAUUUGGGACAGUACACCACAUUAUAAAUAUAUUACACCCAUGUUUCAGUUCCACAAUCAACUUAAUGAUAAAGGAUAUUGUGGUCAGGCCAUCCACUGAGAUGUUUUUGACAGUUGGAUUUGUGACUUAACAUUACCACAAUUGAUCUUUGAGUGACCUGGCUCGAGGAAUGUAAGAAUAGAAACAGAAAGUUAGCGGAUUCUUUCUUUUUACCUUUAUCAAUUCUCUACUCAUGCCUUGAUCAGAGCUGCUCAUGCCCUGUAAUUGUUGACUGACUUGUCAUAUCACUGUCUAAUUCAUGCUUUAAUUUGCAAGUAUUACCCAUGUGACAGAUGAUGGGACUCUGAAGGUCAUCAGUCCCUUCCCAAUGUUAGACCCUUGCUUGUCUGUACAGGUCAAUUGAUAGUGCUGGAAAAUACAUGGCAGCAUUAUGAAUCUUUUGUUUUAGCCUCUAAUGAUCUGACUUAUCAAAGCGCCACCACUGUCACUCAGGUGGAGGUUGACUAACUUGUUGCUUUAUUCUUUCUUCCUAAUUUCUGAUCCUGUUAUUUAUGGAAAAAAAUGGAUUUGGUGUGAGGUGAAAGUAAGUUUGAACUUCAAGUGAUAUUAUUCCUCAUUUUAAUAAGAAUUAAAAAAAGAAUUACAAUACAGGAGACAAAUUCAGCUUUUGUCUCACUUGUUUGCUGAGCUGCCUUUUAGGUUAAAGCCUUGACAAUAUUAUUAUGGUGCCACCACUGUUGUGAGAAAAUGCUACUUGUAUAUUCUGACAGUAAUAGUGGUCUUUUAAGAAAACAAGUUGUUGUUUAAAUUAGCCUGUGACUUAUUCUGUAAAUCAAUAUAGUUUGCUGUCAAAGGCUUACAGAAAGAUUUGAAAUGAUAUAGCAGCCAAUCUCUCUAUCUCUCUCUCUCUUUCUCUGUGUGUGUGUGUGUGUGUGUGUGUGUGUAUGUGAGUGUAAUCUUCAGUAUUGAAGAAAUGAAGAUGAUCGGAUGGAAUGGCAAAUAUUUGCAAGUUUGCCGAUUAUGUAGCAGAUAUACAUCAGUUAAUGCUCAGUUCAGGAUAAAGUUCAUUUCAUAAAAGCAAAUGAAAAAGUUUCUUCCAUGCCAUUAUCAACCAGACAAACCUAUUCAAUCCCAUAACAUGGCUAAGCGAUCUAACCAUAGCUCCAUCUAAUAUUAUACAAUAAGUGGCUCUACUUUGAUCCUGAUAGGGAACAAGGUUUUUGUUAAAGACUAUUUAAUAUUCAUAGUAUGGCAUAAUUAAUUAUUCAUUAUACAAUCCUUCCAAUUUGUCUAGCGUUGUAGUAGUUUUCUAUUUUUCUUCUUCAAAUACAUGAGUCAUGAAAGGCUGGAAAUUAUUGUAAGCCAUUUUAUUUUAAUACUACUUCAUAUAAGUCUCUUGGGCUCCAAUAUAUUUGCGAUGUUUGAAAUAGAUCUUCUUAAAACUGUUCGUGACCACUAUAGAUCGAUGUUGAGGUACUUGUGUGACAGAAUAUGUUUCUAUGUUAGUUUAACAACAACAUUGAUUUACACAUAUAUAUAAAUCUACAUCCACCUAUGAAUAUAUUUUUAAACGUCCACACAGAUUUCUAUGUGUUUAUCUGUAUAUUUGGUAUAGUGCUCUUCUCAUUCCUCUGUUUCUCUUCUGUAAUCCUUUUAUCAUCCCUUUCAAACUCAUUCUCUUACCUGAGCGGUUUUCUUCUUGGCACUGUUUUUCCUGUUUUGGUACUGUCUCAUACAUCACUAAAUACAAGUAGGGAUGGUCAGCCUUAUAAACCAGAAUGAUAAGAUAGGACCUGAAAAGGAUUUGCAACUGUGCAGUGUUUUCAAAGCACUCAAACACUUAGAUGGAAGUACAAACUCUCAAUGUCUUGUUUUAAAGAAACUAAAUCGUCAAUUUUCACAACUACAAAUAUAAGUUGCUGGAAGAGCUCAGCAGGUCUGGCAAUAUCUGUUAAGAAAAAUCAGAGUUAACAUUCUGGGUCCAGUGACCCUUCUUCAGAACUUCACAGUUGACACACAUUGAGUGCCCACUGAAUCACCAUUGCCCAAUAGCCCAGGGCUUCAGAUAUGUUACUUAUGCUGUCUCCCUUUAAACAACAUACCUGCUGUCAAUUUUUCUACUCUUCCUGAAUAUAAGUUCCAUUGAUAUGGGAGGAGGUAGAGAUCCAUAGGAGUUAAUUAACCUUCAAUACCUUGUUCAAUUAGUAAUUUAGCUGUGAGUUCUUUGAAAGACUAUUUGACCAUCAGAGGCCAAACCAGUCCUAUCCUUACCUAACAUCAACAUGCAUGAAGCUCCUGUAAAGCAAGCGAUCUGAUUUUGCCGUGCUAACCUUGGAAACCAUGAGGACCUUUGGAACACAAUUUUGUCCUUCUAGCAUAAAAGCUACAUAAAGCAUUUUACUCUCUAAUAAAAUUUUAAAUAGGCAAACAAGUUUGGGGCCGAUGAUCUUUGUGAGAGACAGCCCUGAUGAUGCCUGUCCUCCAUUUCCUUUGGAACUGUGGUGUUCAUUUUGUGCAGCUCUUGGAGGUAUUCUUACAGAAAGAUUCUAAUAAGUAAUAUGUCUGUGUGCAGGUAGUACUUGAAAAUAGUACUGAAAUAUUCAUCGAGUAUGACAUUUGGAAUUUGGAAAAAAAUAAAUUAUCUCUGUUUCUUUUGAACUCUAUAAAAAUUCAAUUACAUUUUCUAUAAUGUGUCUUAAAAAAAGAUAGAUAACAUUUUCAGUUCAUCUCUGUUUAAAUGGAGAUAAAUAUGGAACUGUUGAAACUUGUUAAAGGAUCCUUCUAAUAAACAGACUUGUGAGAACAUUUUUAAUCCUUUUGAGUUGUCUUUUGUGCCAAACCAAGAGCAGAACUUAAUCAGAAUUUAGAUUAUAACUUGAUUUGUAUUCCUAAUCACCAUUGUUGCCUUGUCCUUUCGUGCAAUCAUAUCUUACCUAAAGUAGAAAGAACCAGGGCCGAAUUUAAUGACUACAGUGGUGUCUCUCAAAGCUGGUGUGGCCAUGUCCAGAAGCUCUGACAUGUUUCAAUGCGUUUCAAACUUCUGUUCCUGUAAGUACGGAAAUCCUCCUUCUAAGAGCCACUGGCUGUACAGCGAGCUGGCAGCUUUUACAGUUCCAGCAACUCAACUAAAAGCAGUGGUUAUUAUUGACAUUACAGUAAUCCAAAGCCACCGACAAUAGAGCAGACCCUGGAAUGGAGACAAGAGUGUUUCACUUGUAGGGGCCAGAGGGGAAGGUCAUGAAGAGAGGAAGUGCAGUGUGGAUCUUUGUCGAAAGAAAGGGAGUUGUGCUUUCUGACAAGGUGGUCCCUUGCUGCAAAUGUCCCUUCAUGGACCCCAGCAAAUGCAAUCAGGACUGCCCACCAGCUGAUCCUGCAGUGAUGCUGCCAGACUUCCCAAAGCAUCCCUUGUCAACCAACCCCUCUCUAACAUUGGAAGAAUGCAAGUAGUGAUGAGAUGAGGCCAUUAAGUGGACUUUAAUUUACCAUUUAAGCCCUCAAUCAGUCUGUGUGGAAAGGCCAUCUGCAGCCUUUGCUAUCCCUGAGUGCAUUGUAGGGAGUUGGGAAGGUGAUAGACACUCCAUCCCCUGCCAUCCCUUCUCCCCGCCCCACCCACUCACCUCCCCCCAUCAACGUCCACGUCCUUACUUCCAGCCUGCUACAAGUGAGGUGAUGAAAUUCCUUCCACCAUGAGGGAAGCAGGGCCGUAGCAUUUGUCUGAUCUUUGGUAAAGGUGGCAGCAAAUGGGUUGUUUUAACCAAUGAUCCCAGCUCCAUGUUUACGAGAGAUUGCCAGUUGAAAUCGUGACACUGCUUGGAAAUCUUGGAUGUUGCAAAUCACAGGCAGUGUCAUGGCAAAUACUGUGGCCCUGCUAUCUCAUGGUGAAGGGAAUUUCAUCACCUCUUGUGCAUAGCAUUGAACACACUCCAAGGACAAGCUGCGAAUAUCUUACCCAUCAAGUUCCCAAAUAAUCACUGUCGUAUCCUUCAACUCCAGGUGAAGUUGGCCUAGAGUUUUCAGAUAUGACAGAGAAAUGUUGAUAUAGAACAAGUGCUGUUGAGUGAAACACUUGUUUAAAAAAUACAUUCUUUAGUAUCACCCUUCUCCUUAAUCAGAACUUUGAAUGAAGAAAAGAAAAAUAAUUGCUAAAUUAUGAUUGACGUAGAAAUAAAAGAUUGCUACAGAAUUGGAUUGAAUUUUGACACAUGAGGUUAAUAUAUGCUGACUUUAGUUAUGCUGCCUGUCUGCCCAUAUUUCUGAGUUAAGUGCUAAUGCAUUUAUUCACUUUGCUUU